AUGACACCGAGACCAACCAAUUCUCCCUCAUCACUUCAUUUCCAUAUCCGCAGUUGUUCUUCCUGUCGACAACGAAAGGUGAAAUGUGACCGGCAGCAGCCUUGUACCAACUGCAUUCGCUCCGGCGUGGAAUGUGUAUAUCCGCCUGGGCGGGGUAGGGCCCCCAAGCGACCCCGCGGUGCUUUGAAUGCGCAGCUGUCGCAACGGUUGUCCAGGUUGGAAACUAUUAUCAGAAGCUUUGAGACCUCGGAAAACCAGAGAGGCUCCGCGCCCAACUCUAUGGAGCCAACCUUGCGAUCGUCAACGACGGAAAGUGGAGCGUCACAAGAUCACCGACUCCGGCCUGGUCCCUACACGAGCAGUUUGGAUGCGGAACUAUCCAUCGAGCAGCGCCUAGGGCGCCUACUUAUCAAUGAAACGCAAAGCUAUUAUGUCAGUAACGUGCUCUGGGCGAAUCUGGGGGACGAGAUUGCCGAACUACGAGAUCUGUUACAUGAACCCGAACUGGAGGAAGACGACAAUGCCCUUUCAGAGGGGUCCGUUCUGGAGCGACCUUUACCCUCUGGAUCCAAUGCCGCCAUAUUGGGGUUUCGGGCUCUUGCUCAUUCGCUUCGUCCCUACCAUCCACCGUUAGCGCAGUCAGUCAAGCUCUUUGAAUUGUUCAGAGAGAAUGUUGCGCCGAUGGUGCGUAUCUUCCACAUGCCCACGUUGGCUCAGGGCCAUUGGGAUGCCAUUGCAUCUCUGGAGUCACUUGGUAGGGAGACCGAAGCCCUGUUGUUCGCAAUAUAUUACUCCACGGUGAUAAGCAUGGACUCUGAGCAAAGUAUGAGCACUUUAGGUGUCUCCAAGGCAUAUGCAUCCGAGACCUAUCUCUUCGCCACUGAACAAGCUCUGGCCCGUGCCGACCUGCUGAAUACGCAAAGCGUAACGUUAUUGCAAGCCGCCGUGCUUUUUCUAUUUGCAUUACGCAACGAAGACGAUUCCCGGACUGUCUGGUCUCUAACGUCCCUCAUCUUUCACAUCGCACAGGCUAUGGGUCUCCAUCGUGAUGGCAUCGUGUUUGGGCUGAAACCCAUGGAAACAGAACUACGGCGCCGGCUAUGGUGGCAUAUUUGUCUGCUAGAUGCCCGCUCGUCUGAGUAUCAUGGAUGUGAGCCAAUCGUGCGCGACUCCGCGUUUGAUACGAAAUUGCCGCUGAAUAUCGAAGAUUCCGACCUGACUGCCGAAAUGACUGAGCCCCCAGUUGAGCGGGAGGGGGCAACUGACAUGUACUUUUGUCUCAUUAGGUGUGAAGUCAUGCGGACGAUGUGGAAGCUUAGUUGUGUUUCUCUAAGCAUGGGUAGUCCGGGGCUCUCGACUGGCAGACUGUCCCUGGAAGAACGAGAAGCCUUAGUCCAAAAGCUGCACGAUCGGCUUGAGACACGAUAUCUGAAGAACUGCGAUAUCUCCAAGCCCUUCUUCUUGGCUUCGACCUUUGUUGCACGUCUAAUGGUUGCGCGUGCGUGGCUCAUUGCACGAUACCCCCUGGGCGAAAAGGAAUGUGGUGUUAACCUAUCGGGUCCUGUGCGCGAUCAUCUGUUCUCGUCCUCCGUUGAGGUUUUGAAGUUAUCCAGCCUGGUGCUCACAAAUGAGCAGAUUGCCCAUUGGAGUUGGCACUCAAAGACCCACAUCCAAUGGCAUGCAGUUGCUUUUGUGCUGUCUGAAAUCUGCACCCGACCCCCUUCGACAGACUGUGACCGCGCAUGGGAGUAUGUCAACAUCAUAUACAACAACUGGAAGAUGAAAGAGAGUGGGAGAAAGGGUACCCUAUGGCGGCCUAUCAGGCGGCUGAUGGCCAAGGCGCAGUACGUGCGAGAGAUGCAAAAGCUCGACCCGCUCGGCCGAUGGAAGCGGAGAGUGGCCCCAACUGAUGAGAUAAUACAAGCAGUCCCAGGCCCCGAGACAUCCUCGGGCACGGGCAUGGUAUACGACCUAGCCUGCCCCGGGAUGGGGGAUCUUCCAAGUAGUCUCCUGAUGGAAUCACUGGACCCCUUGCAGGAGCUUUUUCCCGGCGUUCCGCAUACAGAGGGCUCUGUAGAUGAACGAGAAAACAUUGUCGGGUCAAUGCUGCAUCUCGAUGCUUAUUCCCAGAUUCCUGGGUGGCUGGUACCAGAGUGGAUUAGCGAACCACCAGGGGACCAGGCGUAG